AUGUUCGUGCCAAUCCUUUCGACUGUUUUCCUGCUUGAUGUCAGUAUAUCCUCCGCGUCUAACUCGAGUAUAGUCCAGCUCCAAGACCCAGUCGUGAUUGUACAUCAAUUGAAUUAUCCGCUGCCUUCUGCAAAUAGUAGCUUGACCGCUGCAGAAGGAGAAUUGGAGAACUACGAUGAUAGUGAGCAAGACAAUUUUGACAUUGAUGAAGCUGGUGGGGAGAUGAGAAUGCUUCACUCCAUCAAAAAGAAUAUCCCGCUGUAUUUACGCAGCCAUUUGCUAUUUAAAGAAGCUACCAAUAGUCUCCAGUCGACUCAAAAUGAUGCGAAGGCUCUGCUGGAAAAAAAUGGACGGAGUUUAGAUGAAACUAAGAAGCUAUUCGCACACUUAGCGAAACUUCUCGAGUCUGAUGACGGAGAUUUGAAACUGUUUGCCCGCAUGACCAUCUCCAAAUUCCUUAAAGACUCUUCGACAACCGAGGAUGCACAAUAUCAAUUGCUGCAUAUUCAAACGAAACUAUCAACGGUAUUUGACUGUCUGAUGAGUCAUGUGGAGGACGAAGCUCUAGAAGGAUUUUUUAAAGAUGGGCUGCAUGUUUUAUUGCUAUCCUAUGCCGGCAAACUAUUUAGCUUCGAGGGCAUUUUGGUUGACCAGGCUUCAAUCCUUGAGGACGUCGCUCGAUUCCUUACUGCUAAUCGUAACGGAGGUGAUUUGAUAACUUGGCUCGGAACUUACCAGUCUGCUGUUGAUCUCUACUAUUAUGUCUUUCGUUUGAUAUCGAACUUGGUGCGUUUUGACAGGACCCGCGAACUAGGGUAUCGAUUACAAUCACUGCAAAUUAAUAACUUAGGGGAAUCUCGUUACGACCUCCACAAGUUAUCUUGGAUGUUAAAACGCGAUCGUGGGCUUGAGUAUGCUGCCUAUACUCGAUUUAACUUCAUUGAGCACGAGUCAAAAAGUCGUGUCUUUGUGGGGCGUCAGCUAUAUUUCUUCCUAAGUCAUACAGAAUUGUUGAAGAAAGAAGAACAAAUCGAUUUUUUUCUGAAAAUGUUAUCGGCGGAUGUUGGCCCUGAAACUAAAGACUUAGAAGAAAUUGAUUGGUCGAUGCUUACUGACGAUCAAAUGCGUUUAUUUAAAGCUGCAUUGCAGUCACCUGAUCUUGCGAAGCUGGUCAGAGAGGCUUUGGAGGCAGAGAAUCAGGUCGCUUCAGUUGAAAAAGAGUUGGGUUAUGAGACAGUAGGGAAAGCGUUGAUGGCGGUGAUGAAUGACAACGAUCUCAUGCAAUCGCUCAAGGCGGAGCUUAAUGAAGAGGAACUAGUGCGAUUGCUGAAAGCAAGCUUGGAUGAUGAUAAGCAUCUGGAGAAUCUUCCAUUGCUUCUGACCCACGGUGAUUUUAAGCUGAAGCUGAACCAGAAAGAGCUCCAAGCGUUGGUCACGAAUAUGCAGAAAAUAUUGCCGUAUUUUAAAUUGUCUUUGUUGGAUGGUAAACGUGUAACGUUGCUUGAAAAAGCUCUAGAGCUAGAAGCACGAUUCAAUUUGGUUGAGGACAUGUUGAGCAGUACAGAAUUAAAUACGGCGAAGUCGCUCGAGGUGAUUCUCAACGAUCAGGGGAUAGUGCAAUUGCUUAAGAAGAUAGUGGAGAAUCCUAAUCAUUUAAUGGAAUUUAGAUCGGUUUUGGAGGACAAGGGAUGCAUGCCGAAAUUUACGACGGCACUGGGUGAUACGAAUCUGGCGAAGGUGCUCGAUGCGGUAUUAAGGAAUAUUGAUCUAGUAUUUUUUCUUAGAGUGGCUAUCAAGGAUGAUGAUCGUGUGAAGUUGUUUCGGGCAGCCUUAGAGAAAAAAGAACAGGUGAAUGAGUUUCUAGAGGCAUUGGACAAAAAGAAAUUGGCGAAUGUUUUUAGAUCGAUACUCGAAGAAGAACAUCAAGUGCGUUUGCUGAGAAAGGCUGUUUCGGUUGAUCACCGUGAGGCUUUCAAAAACGCUCUGAAUUUGAGGGAUAGAAAGAUGCUGAAAGAAGAGAUGGUCACGUAUCUAAAGUCAGUUGAUGUCAAGAUAAUAUCGAGCGAUUCGUAG